UUUAAUUUACACUUGUUUGUGGAUUGUUAGAUAUAGACCUGGGCGCCUUUGGAACCCUCAACUCACCAUCAUGCCACUAACCUUUAUGAGAAUAAAGCAGGAAGUAAAACCAGUUACUGACCAACAAAUUGCAACCGCAAGAUCUCUUAUUGAAAAGGGGAUAACCAAGAGAGCUGCAGCAAAAGCUGUAGGCAUUAGUGAAUCUGCUCUUCGCAAAAGACUUAAUCGGCGUAAAGCGGCAAGUUCAAUUGGUCGCAAACCCACUUUUAACGCAGACCAAGAGGCAGAAAUUGUUACUCAUUGCAAGAAAAUGUAUGAUGCAAAUUCUGGUCUAACUAUGGUUGACAUACGGCGUACGGCCUUCCAAUACGCAGCGGCAAAUAAAAUCAAGAACAGAUUUGACGAAUCAUCCAAACAAGCUGGACCUGAUUGGGCUAGGAGUUUUGUGUUUCGCCAUCCUGAGCUGAAACUUCUGCGGCCGGCUGCUGUAAACUUUGCUCGGGAUAAAGAUAACUUUCAAGAAGAGAGUUCUGAUUGAUCGAUUUUAUGAAAAUCUCUGGUUGACUGAUUGUGAUGCAAAUAUAAUGCUUGAUUUUUAUUCCUUCAAUGUAUGGUUUUUUCAGCCUUUAAAAAAGAUGAAAGUUGAGUGCGUAUUAAUUAGGGCAACGCGCAAAUAAGAAGGGUGUAA